GUCUUAUCCAAAUUUUUGGAUAGAUUUUAUGAAUCGUAGAUCUUUUGUUCUUAUGUCUAAAUUCCAUUUCACUAUUUUUACCACAGAUGAUCGCAACAAACAACAAAAUGUCAAAGAAAUCUCAAAAUUUCAGAUAUAUUUUCAAAUAGUAUAAAUAAGUUGUAAAAUAAAUAUGUCAGAUCCAAGUAUGAACGAAUCAACAACUACUAGUGAUACUGAAGAGGAGGAAAUCGAGCCUAAAUUGAAAUAUGCCAGAUUAUCCAAUGAUUUACAGAGUAUUUUAUUCAAAUCUGAAGCAACAUGUAUUUGUGUUCAUCCAAAAUUUAUUUGUCUUGGAUCGCAUUGGGGCGUUAUUCAUCUUCUUGACCACCAAGGAAAUAACAUUGAAGGAAAAGAACUUAAAGCUCAUACGGUUGGGGUCAACCAAAUUUCAAUAGACUCAAAUGGAGAAUUUAUUGCUACUUGUUCAGAUGAUGGGAAAAUAUUUAUUCACAGCUUAUUCAAUAAGGAAAAUAAUUUUACCUUAAACAUUGGUCGCUUAGUGAAAACUGUAGCACUUGAUCCCAACUAUAAUAAGUAUGGAAGUACCAAAAGAUUUAUUUUAGGUGAUGAUAAGUUAACAUUAUAUGAACGAACUUUUCUUGGAAGUUUAAGACCCACAGUUCUUUGCGAAAGUGAAGGCUUUGUUAGGAGCAUGAGUUGGAAUGGAAAUUUCAUAGCAUGGUCUAGUAAUGUUGGUGUUAGAGUUUAUGACAUAAAUGCUAGGUGCUCAUUGGGUCUCAUCAAAUGGGAGGAGCAUAAAACAUUAUCUAUUGAAAAAUUCAGAUGUAAUUUGAGAUGGGCUGAUGCAAGAACAUUGCUUAUAGGAUGGGUAGAUACUGUGAGAGUGUGUAUAAUCAGAAAAAGAAGUAACAUUGAAUUAGCUAAUAAAAAUCUUCCAGAAUAUUUAGUUGAUCCAGUUUCUACAUUCCAAACUGAAUUUUACAUCAGCGGAAUAGCACCAUUAGAUCAUCAGUUGGUGCUACUGGGAUGUUCUAAAGAAUUAGAUGAAGAACAGAAGAGUUUACGACCCCAAUUAUAUAUUGUAGAAUAUAGGGAUAAUGAUUAUACUGACAUUUGUACAGAUAGUCUGUCUUUAAGAGGUUACAAAGAGUAUAGUGUGAAUGAUUAUCACUUAGAUGUGUUACUGGAAGAGAAUAGGUUCUUUAUUGUUGCACCUAAAGAUGUUGUGGUAGCCAGUCCUUAUGAUUUGGAUGAUAGAAUACAGUGGUUUAUUCAGCACAGAAAAUUCGAAGAUGCUCUAGACAUUCUGAUUAAAAGUGAAGGAAGGGGAGUUCGAAAGUAUAACCUUGAAAAUGUAGGGGUUCAAUAUCUGGACUAUUUAUUAGCUAAUCAAAUGUGUGAUCAAGCUGGUAAACUAUGUUUGAAAAUUUUCCAAAAUAAGUCUUCUUUGUGGGAAGAGCAAAUUUAUAAAUUUGCAGCUAAACAUCAGUUGAGAUCCGUUAGCCCUUAUAUCCCAAGAUCUUUCAAUCACAAAUUGAAUCCACACAUUUACGAAAUGAUUCUGUAUGAAUUUUUGAAACUAGAUAGCCAGGGAUUUUUGAAUUUGGUAAAAGAAUGGGAUCCUAGGCUCUACAAUGUAGUUGCUGUAAUUAAUGCUGUUUUGGAGCAUUUACUUAUCUGUGACACUGACAAGAGUAUGUAUCUAGAAGCUUUAGCUAUUUUAUAUAGUUAUGAACAGAAAUAUGACAAAAGUCUCUCUAUGUACCUCAAGUUGAAGCAUAAAGACGUUUUUGCUCUGAUUCAAAAAUAUAACUUAUAUGAUGUAAUACAAGAUAUGUUGGUGGACCUUAUGGACUUGGACUAUAAAAAAACUGUAGCUCUUUUGAUGGAAAAGAAUAGGUUACCUCCGGAAACAAUAGUGGAAAGUUUAAGCAAACAUGAAUUUCAUCUAUACAGAUAUUUACAUGAAUUCGAUAAAAAAAAUCCAAAGGGAGAAUACCAUAGAGAACUUGUGAGACUGUAUGCCAUGUAUGAUAGAGAAAAAUUAUUACCAUUUUUAAAAAAAUCAGAGUAUUAUCCUAUACAAGAGGCGUUGAAUAUAUGCCAGAAGGAAAAGUAUUACCCCGAGAUGGUUUUUCUUUUAGGUAAAAUGGGAGAUACAAAAGAGGCGUUAGAGUUAAUAAUAAGUCAGCUUCAAGACAUGCAGCAUGCUAUAACAUUCUGUCAAGAACACGAUGAUCAGGAGCUUUGGUGCGAUCUGAUGAAUCAUUCUGUGGAUAAACCUGAGUAUAUUAAUUACCUUUUACAAAGCAUAGGAACCUUUGUCGAUCCGACAAUGCUCAUACAAAAAAUCAAAGACGAUACUGUGAUACCUGGUUUGAAAAAUUCGUUAGUGAAAAUGUUGUAUCAAUAUAAUUUACGGGUUUCGGUUCAGGAAGGUUGCAAGAAAAUUCUCAUGUCUGAUUAUUUCAAUCUUCAGCAGAAGUUGGUGAGAGUGCAGCAAAAGGGCGUUUCAGUAAUAGAAGAGAUCGUUUGCGGAGCUUGUCAUAGGAAGAUAAUCGAAAAAGAUCCUUCUAGAAUGACAAACAUAAUGUUGUUCAAUUGCAAGCACGCUUUUCAUGAUCAGUGUAUACCAGAAGGUACAGCAACUUGUGGAAUAUGUUAUCCAUUAAAGAAGACAGCUAGCUAAUCUUUGGAGUAAUUUUUUCAAUGUGGAUGAAGAAAAAAUAUAACUAAGGCAGAAUAUGUGCUUGAAAUGAAACCAGACAAUUUGAGGAUAAUAAUAAUAACAAGACAAACCUUAGUGAUAAUAUGAUUAAUCACAAAUGUCCAUUUUGAACAAAAAUCUAAUUUUCCAUUUAUUGGAUAAAGCUUUUACUAUUAUGUUUCCUAUUAUAUUCUACCAUGUAUUUUUAUGGAGUGAUGUUUUUGAAAUGUUUGUAAACUGCAUCAAUUACUUCGCUAUACUGUGAGCUACCAAGGUUUUUGUAAUUUGUAUAUAUGUAUCAAAGGUAUAUAUAUUUUGCUAAGGUAAGAUUAAAAACUGUUUUUUAUAUUAUUUGAAAAUGUGAUAUAUCCAUAAUUUUGUUCUGUAAUCAAUAAAUUAAGUGAUGUUUUAAAUUGAAA